UCUUUUUGUCCACUCUCUCCUCCCUCACUCUAUUCCAGGGCAUCUGAGCCAACAGUGGCUCAAACAGAGCGGCAGGAAGCCACGGACGGAGCAGGACCUCCACACAGUUCUUUAACGACCAGGAUCUCCCCAGAACUCAUCACAAAAAAGGAUACGUCUGUGGACGUUCCCUUGGAAACUCUAACUAUAAAAUAAACAUUUAAAAAAACUAUUGGUUAAGGAGGACAGAUGGACUUCAGGGCAGCCCUUAAGCCCCGUGCAGGGCCUAAGCUGGGGUCAGAUAUCAAGACGAAUACUCCUGCCAAAGUAGACUUUAGGUCAGUGUUGGGGAAGAAAGAAGGGGGCUCGCCCAAACCACCUCCGCAAGAGCUGGAUAACAGCAGUGCACCUGCCGACUUCAGGUCUGUUCUCUCUAAGAAGAAGAAUAUUGAAUCAGAGAAGCCAAGCGUGAAAGACCCAGCUUUUACAGCAGCAAUCACCAAGGACAAACAAACAAACAUCAAUGGUGUAAAUUUUGCACCAGACAUCAAAAAGAACAGUUUAGCCGAAAAAGAAGAAACUCCCAAACAAAAUGAUGCAGGGACUACAAAAAAAGAGAUCAUUCCAAGCCCAGAAAAGAAAACUGAGAAUGUGAUAGUGGAACCAAAGAACAAAAAUGGGAGCAUCAGUCAGAAGAAAGAUAAUGAUGUGGAUGGUAUUUCAGAAGAAAAGAAGAGCGUAGUCAAUUCCGUGGAUGGAGAGGAUGGUAAGAAGCGAGGCACAGGCAAAGCACCGGUGUUCACGCAGCCUCUGAGUGAUUUAACCGUGAUGGAUGGAGAGCGGCUGAGGUUAGAGUGCACAGUGAUCUCUGACCCUCCGGCUGUCAUCACCUGGACACUUGACGGGAAAGUUGUGAAGCCGUCGAAGUUUAUUGUCUUGUCCAAUGAAGGAGGCAAGUGUUCACUCACCAUAGACAAAGCCCUUCCUGAGGACGAGGGGCGCUUUAUGUGCAAAGCAGAGAAUGGCGAAGGAAAAGCCGAAUGCUACUGCAUGGUUCAGGUGGAUGAUCCAACAGAUCCAUCUGCAGAGAAGAAAAACAAGAAAAGCUCCUCUUCGAUACCAACAACAGAGAAUGAAGCCAGGAUAAAGAAGAAACCAGCCCCAAAGUCUCCCACCAAACAAGCCUCUCCUCCUCAGGUUCUUCAGUUCCCUGGGGAUCUUAAGAUCAGAGCAGGAGAGAAAGUGGUGCUACUUUGUAACUUUGGAGGCACUCCACCCAUCACCUGCAACUGGCUCAAAUUCAAAAAACCGAUCCUGACAGGAAGUAGCGGCAUCACUAUAGAGACCACAGAGAACAGCAGUCAAUUGACAAUUGCAGCGAGUGACCAGGACCACUGUGGCUGCUACACACUCGAGCUGCAGAAUAAAUAUGGCACCAAGCAAACCUCACUCAACCUGACUAUUGUAGACAAACCUGAUCCACCAGCGGGUGUCCCAGCUGCAUCAGACAUCCGCCGUUCCUCACUCACCCUCUCCUGGUAUGGACCCACAUAUGAUGGGGGCAGUAUUGUCAAAUCGUACAACUUGGAAAUUUGGAACUCCCUGGACAACACCUGGAGUGACCUCACGUCCUGCAACAGCACCUCUUACCAUGUUCAGCAGCUGCUCCCUGACCGCCAGUACAAGUUCCGUGUGAGUGCCGUUAACAUGUACGGCAUUGGUGAACCCAGCGCGGAGUCAGAACCCGUCACUGUGGGAGAACCUGUGGUGUCAGAAAAAAAAGAAGAAGAAGCCGAGGCUGCAGCUUCAGAUGACGAUUCAGAUAAAGAGCCAGAAUACAGAGAUGUGGUCAUAAAGAAAGACUGCACUGUUAAAGAUUUUUACAACGUAGAGGACCGCUUGGGAACUGGCAAAUUCGGUCAGGUCUUCAAACUGGUGGAGAAGUCGACCAAAAAGGUGUGGGCCGGCAAGUUCAUUAAAGCCUUCUCGCAGAAGGAGAAGGAGAAUGUGCGACAGGAAAUCGGCAUCAUGAACAGCCUCCACCAUCCCAAACUUGUGCAGUGUGUGGAUGCCUUCGAGGGCAAAUCAGACAUCGUGAUGGUUAUGGAAAUAAUCUCUGGUGGCGAGCUGUUUGAGCGAAUCGUGGAUGAAGAUUUCGAGCUGUCCGAGCGUGAGGUCAUUAAGUACAUGCUCCAGAUUAUCGAUGGCGUUCAGUUCAUCCACAAGCAAGGCAUCGUGCACCUGGAUCUCAAGCCGGAGAACAUUAUGUGUGUCAACAAGACGGGCAGCAAGAUAAAACUCAUCGACUUUGGCCUUGCGCGAAGGCUAGUGAACUCCGGUUCCCUCAAGGUUCUCUUUGGGACACCUGAGUUUGUAGCUCCUGAGGUUAUUAACUAUGAGGAGAUUAGCUAUCCAACGGAUAUGUGGAGCAUUGGGGUGAUCUGCUACAUCCUCCUCAGUGGUCUUUCUCCAUUCAUGGGGGACAACGAUAAUGAAACGCUUGCAAAUGUUACCUCAGCAACCUGGGACUUUGAAGAUGAGGCUUUUGAUGAGAUCUCAGAGGAAGCCAAGGACUUCAUCAGCAACCUCUUGAAGAAAAAUCUGAAAGCCAGAUUGACGUGCGCACAGUGCAUGGAGCACAAAUGGCUUAAACAGGACACCAAGAACAUGGAAGCUAAGCAGCUCUCCAAAGAACGUAUGAAGAAGUACAUACUGAGACGCCGAUGGCAGAAAACAGGAAACGCAGUGCGAGCCAUCUCCAGAUUCAGCUCCAUGGGAAUGUUAGGAGGAAUCGGACUAAAAAAAAGCUCGCCAACUGAAGAAGCACCACCUGCACCAUUCCUAGAGACUACAGAAGAAGAAAACCACACCCCUGCUGCUCCCACUUUCUCCCUCGUCAUCCAGGACGUGGAGGUGGUGGAGGGUAGUGCCGCCCGCUUCGACUGCAAGAUUGAGGGCUACCCAGAUCCUGAGGUGGUAUGGUACAAGGACGACCAGCCCAUCAAGGAGACACGUCACUUCCAGAUCGACUAUGAAGAGGACGGCCACUGCAGCCUGGUGAUAUCCGAGGUGUGUCCCGACGACGACGCCAAAUACACCUGCAAAGCGGUGAACAGCCUGGGAGAAGCCAGCUGCACAGCUGAACUGAUGGUGGAGUUCAUGCAGGGGGAGGAAGGUGAUGGGGAGGAAGAGGAGGAAGAAGAGGAGUGAGCAACACGGCAGAUGAGGAAAUGACGACGAGAAGGGACGAGUUGAGAAACAGAUGGAAGACUGAAUCCUGUGGGAGCUUCGAAUCUCUUAAAUCUCUUCUUUCUUUGCUGCUUUUGUUGUGAAAACAGACUGUCUUACACCGAUGCAAACAUUCAUGCGCUUUUCUUUACAGAGCAAUGGUAAAAAAGUACGGACUGUUUUUAAUGUGUGUGUGUGUGUGUGUGUGUGUGUGUGUGUGUGUGUGUGUGUGUGUGUGAUUGUGUGUGAUCGUGUGUGAGCGCUCAGCAAGAUCAAAGACAUUCCAGCCUGUGCUUGGGUUCAGAGAAUCAUCAGCCAGUGAGCUCUGUUUGGCCAAAAAUGGACAAGUGUCAGAACUGCAUGCCUCACCGAGCAAACCUUUCAGUGUCGACAUUUGGACUUCCAAACCACUCAUAUUGCUCGUUCUCCAGAACAUCCCCACUUAUUUUAGAAGAUGGGUCACGCUCUUUUAGCUUUCCCCAGUCUAUCAACUAUUCUUUUUUUUUGUGCAUGUUUCACAGUUCUGCUUACACUCUAGCACACUCAAGUGGUGAAAAAAAUACAACUAUAUUUAACAUAUUUAAACACUAGCAUAGCCUAGCAUGACAAUUGCAUCCUAGACUAUGGCUACUAAUACACUUUUGAAGACCUGAACGCAUAAUCCGACUCAUGUUUGAUACAUUCUGAGCAUCAGCAAGUGUUUUGCACAUUUGGGGCUUUCCAUUUAACAUGUAAUAUCACAGUGCUCUGAAAAGUGUUACAAUCUCUCCUGCAGACUUCUGCGUUUAGGGCGUUCCAAGAUUUUUUUAUUUUAUUUUUUUUUUUAUCGUGGUCAAAUUGCAUGACUGAGCGUUCUUGCAUAUCGAGGUGCAUAUGAUUUGAAAGGUCCCAUCGCAAUCCUCAUCCUUUAUUUAUGUCUUUGUACAGGCUUAUUGCCACCAUGCUGUGGGUUUCUGAGUCAUCUCAGAGAAUGAAUACGUUCACACUAAAACUGGCUUUGAUGAGUUUUACACCUUACAUAAUUUGACAGGAAUAGUAACAGAAUGAAUACAAAAUAAGAGACAAAAUCAUAAACCUGGUAAAAUUAUUUAAUAUAAACGUGUUGGUUUGAUCAGUGUCAUCGUUUGCAUCCAAAUUUGAGUAUCCACAGAAAUAAAAGUCUUUCCCUCUUA